AUGGCAUCCCAAAUUCACUUUUUAGAUAUAAAGGGUAAACCUCUUUUAUCUAGAGAUUAUAAAGGAGAUAUUCCAAGUAAUACAAUUGAAAAAUUCCCUCUACUUUUAUUAGAAUUGGAAGAUGAGAAUUCUUCAGAUUAUAAACCAUUCAUUAAUCAUCAAGGUAUAAACUAUAUCUUCAUACUACAUAAUAACUUAUAUCUUUGUGCAUUAACUAAAAAGAAUGAAAAUAUAAUGGCAAUCAUUAUCUUUUUAUCUAAGUUAAUUCAAGUAUUAACUGAAUACUUUAAAUCUUUAGAAGAAGAAUCAAUUAGAGAUAAUUUUGUCAUCAUUUAUGAAUUAUUAGAUGAAAUGAUGGAUUAUGGGAUCCCUCAAACUACUGAUACUAAAAUUUUAAAAGAAUAUAUUACUCAAGAUUAUUAUAAAUUAAUUAAAAAAUCUCAAGAUCAUUUAGUUCAACCACCAAAUGCUUUAACUAAUUCAAUUAGUUGGAGAAAAGAUAAUAUCUUCUAUAAGAAGAAUGAAGCAUUUUUAGAUGUAAUUGAAUCAAUUAAUAUGUUAAUUAAUGCUAAUGGACAAAUUUUAAAUAGUGAAAUUUUGGGUGAAGUUAAAAUUAAAUCUCAUUUAAGUGGUAUGCCCGAUUUAAGAUUAGGUUUGAAUGAUAAAGGAAUAUUUACAUCUAAUAAUAAUUCCAAUCCAACUAAUGGAUCAAGUGGUUCAGAAGAAAAUGCUAAAAAUAUCGAAUUAGAAGAUAUAAAAUUCCAUCAAUGUGUUAGAUUAUCAAAAUUUGAAAAUGAAAGAAUUAUAACAUUUAUUCCUCCAGAUGGUGAAUUCACACUUAUGUCUUAUCGUUUAUCAUCAACUCAAUUCCUUAUGAAACCUCUUAUUCUUGUCAAUUGUAAAACAAAAGUCCAUAAACAUUCACGUAUUGAAAUCUUAUGUUCAGCUAGAGCACAAAUUAAAAAGAAAUCAACAGCAACUCAAGUUGAAAUUAUAAUUCCAAUUCCUGAAGAUGCUGAUACCCCAAAAUUAACUCCCGAAUAUGGUUCUGUUAAAUGGAUCCCAGAAAAAUCUUGUUUAAUAUGGACUUUAAAAUCAUUUGCUGGUGGUAAACAAUAUCAUAUGAGAGCUGAAUUAGGUUUACCAGCAGUGGUAGAUAGUGAAAAUCUUGUAUCAAAGAAACCAAUUAAAGUUAAAUUUUCAAUUCCAUACUUUACAACCAGUGGUAUUCAAGUUAGAUACUUAAGAAUCACUGAACCAAAAUUACAGUAUCAAUCUUAUCCUUGGGUUAGAUAUAUUACUCAAAGUGGUGAAGAUUAUACUAUUAGAAUGAAAUAA